AUGGGCUUUAAUAAAGUAGCCGUUAAUAAAUUUUUCGAGCUUGUUAAGAAUGUCAUUGACAUAAAUAAAAUUGAUGUCGAAAGAGUAUGGAACGUCGAUGAAACAGGCAUUUCUACUCUCCCUAAGUCGCUGUCAAAAGUUAUUUCCACAAAAGGAAAAAGACAAGUUGGCUCUCUUACAUAUGCAGAAAGGGGUCAACUUGUUACAGCAGUAAUUUGCUGUUCAGCAAGUGGGAGAUACAUGCCACCUAUUUUAAUCUUUCCCCGUCAGCGCAUGAAGGCAGAGUUGAUGGAUGGAGCACCUCCUGGUGCAUACCACCCAAGUGGAUGGAUCCAGACUGAUUUAUUUAUAAAUUGGUUAAAGAAAUUUAUAUUACACACAGGAGACACAAAAGAUUCACCAGUUCUUUUAAUAUUAGAUGGACAUGCGACACACACUAAAAGCAUAGAGCUUAUUGACAUUGCCAGAGAGAAUGGUGUCAUUCUCCUUUGUUUGCCUCCACACUGCACUCACAAAAUGCAACCUCUUGACAUUUCAUUUAUGAAACCUCUGAGUACAUUUUAUGACCAUAAUUUAAGGAAAUGGUUAAGAACAAAUCCUGGGCGCGUGGUAACGCAAUUUCAAAUUGCAUCACUGUUUGAAGCGUCAUAUCUUGAUGCUGCUACCAUGACUAAUGCAAUCAAUGGAUUUAAAAAAGCAGGUAUUUGGUAG